AGGGGGAAGUUGCCCAGUUUCCUACGACAGUGAACGUCACAUCACGAUCCAGAUUCUCCAUCUUCCUCCAACCAGGCAAAGGGACCAGCCUGCGUCUUGAUCCCACUGUAAAACCUUCCUGCCGAAACACACUCCACAAGGCAAAGAAUACAGCAACCAUGACGGACUCCAAAUAUUUCACAACAAACAAAAAAGGGGAGAUCUUUGAACUGAAGGCCGAGCUGAACAAUGAGAAGAAAGAGAAGAGGAAAGAGGCGGUGAAGAAGGUCAUCGCUGCCAUGACUGUUGGCAAAGAUGUCAGCUCUUUGUUCCCAGAUGUUGUGAACUGCAUGCAGACCGACAACCUGGAGCUGAAGAAGUUGGUCUACCUCUACUUGAUGAACUACGCCAAGAGCCAGCCUGACAUGGCCAUCAUGGCUGUCAACAGUUUUGUCAAGGACUGUGAGGACCCCAACCCUCUGAUCAGAGCUCUGGCUGUCCGCACCAUGGGCUGCAUCCGCGUGGACAAGAUCACAGAGUAUCUGUGCGAGCCGCUGAGGAAGUGUCUGAAGGACGAGGACCCGUACGUGAGGAAGACUGCAGCCGUUUGUGUUGCUAAACUUCAUGACAUCAACGCCCAGAUGGUGGAGGACCAGGGCUUCCUGGACUCCCUGAGAGACCUCAUCGCUGACUCUAACCCCAUGGUCGUGGCCAAUGCAGUCGCUGCCCUCUCUGAGAUCAGUGAGUCUCACCCCAACAGCAACCUUCUGGACCUCAAUCCUCAGAACAUCAACAAGUUGCUGACGGCUCUGAAUGAGUGCACAGAGUGGGGACAGAUCUUCAUCCUGGACUGCUUGUCUAACUACAACCCUAAGGAUGAGCGUGAGGCUCAAAGCAUCUGUGAGCGCGUCACUCCCCGGCUGUCUCACGCCAACUCAGCGGUGGUCCUGUCCGCCGUCAAGGUGCUGAUGAAGUUCUUAGAGCUGCUGCCCAAGGACUCCGACUACUAUAACACCCUGCUGAAGAAGUUAUCCCCACCCCUGGUCACCCUGCUCUCCGGAGAGCCCGAGGUCCAGUAUGUGGCUCUGAGGAACAUCAACCUCAUCGUCCAGAAAAGGCCGGAGAUCCUGAAGCAGGAGAUCAAAGUCUUCUUUGUGAAGUACAACGACCCGAUCUAUGUGAAACUGGAGAAACUGGACAUCAUGAUCCGCUUGGCUUCUCAGGCCAAUAUUGCUCAGGUUCUGGCUGAACUGAAGGAAUACGCCACAGAGGUGGAUGUUGACUUUGUGAGAAAGGCUGUGCGAGCCAUCGGACGCUGCGCCAUCAAAGUCGAGCAAUCAGCUGAGCGCUGCGUCAGCACCCUGCUGGACCUGAUCCAGACUAAGGUCAACUAUGUGGUUCAGGAGGCUAUUGUCGUCAUCAGGGACAUCUUCCGCAAGUACCCCAACAAGUAUGAGAGCAUCAUUGCCACACUGUGUGAGAACCUGGACUCCCUUGAUGAGCCUGAUGCUCGAGCUGCCAUGAUCUGGAUUGUCGGGGAGUAUGCUGAGAGGAUUGAUAAUGCUGACGAGCUGCUGGAGAGCUUCCUCGAAGGCUUCCAUGAUGAAAGCACCCAGGUCCAGCUCACUCUGCUGACUGCCAUCGUCAAGCUGUUCCUGAAGAAACCAUCUGAGACCCAGGAGCUGGUGCAGCAGGUCCUCAGCCUGGCCACUCAGGACUCUGACAACCCUGACCUGCGUGAUCGAGGCUACAUUUACUGGCGUCUGUUGUCCACUGACCCUGUGACCGCCAAGGAGGUGGUCCUGUCAGAGAAGCCCCUGAUCUCAGAGGAGACAGACCUGAUUGAGCCCACCCUGCUGGACGAGCUCAUCUGCCACAUCGGCUCCCUGGCAUCUGUGUAUCACAAACCUCCCAGCGCCUUCGUCGAGGGCAGCCACGGGAUCCACCGGAAACACCUUCCUGUGCAGCACAGCAGCAUUGAUACAGGUGAGAGCCCUGUGAGCAGCGGGCCAGCACCUGCCAUGGAUCAGCCACAUGUGAUCCCCAGUCAGGGCGACCUGCUGGGAGACCUUCUCAACCUGGACCUGGGCCCUCCAGUCAAUGUGCCCCAGGUUUCCUCCAUGCAGAUGGGUGCAGUGGACCUUCUAGGAGGAGGACUGGACAGUUUGCUGGGGGGAGACCUGGGCGGAGGUGUUGGGGGAAGUCCAGCAGUGGGACAAAACUUCAUCCCCUCAUCUGUCCCGAGCACAUUUGCUCCGUCACCCACACCAGCACCUCCAGCUGCCAGCAGCGGCCUCAAUGACCUGUUUGAGCUCUCCACAGGCAUGGCCAACACCACCGGAGGCUACGUGGUCCAGAAAGCUGUGUGGCUGCCGGCAGUUAAAGCCAAGGGGCUGGAGAUUUCCGGCACCUUCUCUCGUCGUCAGGGUCACAUGUAUAUGGACAUGAGCUUCACCAACAAGGCCCUGCAGCACAUGACCGACUUUGCAGUUCAGUUCAACAAGAACAGUUUUGGGAUGAUUCCUACCAGCCCCCUGCCUGUUCACACUCCACUGAUGCCCAGCCAGAGUAUCGAAGUCUCUUUGCCUAUCAACACAAUCGGUCCGGUCAUGAAGAUGGACCCACUCAAUAAUCUGCAGGUGGCUGUGAAGAACAGCAUCGAUGUCUUCUACUUCAGCGUACUCAUUCCUCUCAAUAUAUUCUUCGUUGAAGAUGGGAAAAUGGAGCGACAGGUGUUCCUGGCUACCUGGAAAGACAUUCCCAAUGAGAACGAGCUCCAGUACCAGAUAAAGGAGUGCCACUUAAAUGCAGACACGGUGUCAGGAAAGCUACAGAAUAACAACAUCUACACCAUUGCCAAGAGAAACGUAGAAGGCCAAGACAUGCUGUACCAGUCUCUCAAACUGACUAAUGGGAUCUGGAUCCUGGCUGAGCUUCGCAUUCAACCUGGAAACCCCAACUACACGCUGUCUCUCAAGUGUCGGGCCCCGGAGGUUUCUCAGUACGUCUACCAAAUGUACGACACCGUGCUGAAGAACUGACCUGCUCUACAAUUUAGCAUCUCUGCUUCGUCCUGACAUCCAGUAGCAGUGUUUUUUUUGUUUUCUGCAGUUAACUGCCAAAACGAGGGAAUCCAAACGGUGAAGCUGGAUAAACUAGAAUUUUAAUAUUGGGGCCAUUUUUGUCACUUAACAGAAAUGUUUUCUGGGUGACCACCACGCUGUACUUCUGUAUUUUGUGCUGAAAUCAAACGGUACAAACACUGUUGUGCUUCCUUUCUUUUGGCGGUUAAAAGCAUCAGUGAAUCCCUUUAGUCCACCGCCUAUCUCAAUGAUAUGUACCCAUGAAAAGAAGUCAACCAUUCCAUCCUUAACUUAGUGUCUUAAUGUUGUAAAGAUGUGACCAAGAGGAAAGACAACCCUAUUUCCAUGAAGCCAUUGUUUCAUUAUUUUGUACUGUGUGCUGCUCUCUCUUCUUCUGGUUGGGAUUUAUUGUUUAUACUCAUCAGAUGAACAAACUGAACAACUCAAGUGUUCAUUCAUUCCUUUUGCUUUUAAUGUGUGAAGAGUUGAACUCAACAAUGCUGUUUUUUCUGUCCUACUAAGGGUUUUCCCUUUAGGACUUACAGUUUUUAAGAGACAUCAGAAAAUGACAAAUAUCCACCAUGUUAACCUGAUGCCUAUUUUCCUGUUGUGACUUAAUCAAAGCUUCUUUUCUUAAAAAAAUUAAAACAAUUUUAGCAAAAUCAUUGCUUUUUCCCCUUAAGUAUAAAACAUUGUACUGCAAUAGAAAAAAUACAAAAACAGAAACAUAGAGGAGAUAUUAUAGAGCCAUGACAGCUUCUUAAGCCCGGCAUGUCAUUGUUGUUUCCCACCUGAUAAAGCAAACAUGUGGCUCUCCAUUACAUAAACAUUUGAAGUGCUGGAUUUUUUGUCAGGUGUGUAAGAUGACAUGUUUCUAAAUGAGUAAAAAACAAACAAACAAAUAAAAAACUGGUAAACAAGGAAGCUAAAUUUAUCGUACGGUCUAGAGAGGAUAUUUUAGUGGACCUCUCCUGGCAUAAAAAAAGAGCUCCAUCUAUGAAGCUAUAAAUGUAUGCUACAUAAAUGUAACACUCCAGAUAAUUAUGGUAAAGCAGAGAGAGGUGAAUCAUCAGAACAGAAUAGACGACUCUAAUUUUUAACAUUUGACGUACCUUUAAACCACUUUACAAACUGCAGCAGCUUUGGAUCUCAUGUUCACACACCAGUACCACUCCCUUUUAAGAAUUGCACAUUUGUUUCACGUGAAAUGUAGUUUCACAAAAGCCCCGGCCAGUCUCACACCACAGCUGUACACGGCCUUGUACACCCUGUUUUAUCAUUCCUAUUUAUUGUACAUCUACCUCUUUGUGUUUCCUUUUUUCCGGCUUUGUUGUCGCUUCAAUUCUGUAAUGUGAUUUUAACGUUUCCACUUUUGAAGCCACUGUUUUUCCUUUUUUCCAUUCCAUUGUUUUCAGCUCUGUCUUAACCUGUGGCCAGUCACCCAGACCAAUCACAGGACCAAGCACACAUGCAAAUGAAAUGCCAAGCUUAUGUUAUAGUGCCCCAGUGUCAAUAUAACCCUCUAAUGUUGGCGUUGUCUGUGCUGUAGAACAAUUAAGUGUCUACACUCUAAGGCCAAGAGUUGCUUAAAUACAGUUUAGACAUGUGAUGGUGUAACUUGUGUAGCUUAUUCAUUCAAAUGUUUUGGUAUUACCUUGAAAAUGAAAUGCCUUGCUUCUAUCUAUUAAACAGAAAAGGCUUAUCAAUGUAUCAUGGUGUGUUGGUGACACUAUUUUUCUAUGUGAAGUGAAAAAAAAAACAAAUGUCUGCAUGAGCCAACUGUCCAUCUUAACGCUUUAUUCACACUCUAAUCUACACUCCGUCUCUGUUGAACAUUUCAUAUAGUCUCAAUAAGGCAUUGUUUCAAGCACUCUCACAAUAGAGGUCUACACCAGUAUUGUUGAAAGCAAUAGGGAAUGUAUUCAGACAGUUACGAUACCAUCAAACUAAUUGGAAAAUAUCAAGUGUCACUGCUGUAAGCCUGUUGUUUAUGAUUUGUCACUGUCCCAGUACAACGUCUAAUGUCAAUAAAAUGUCAAGCAUAUUCUGAA